AUAGAUUGUGAUUUCGUCUCUUCUUCUCCUCACCCCAAUUUUUGAUACAAACCAUGACGAUGCUCCGAUCUCACGAAACACCACCGGCCUCAAGCGACAAGCCAGCCCCUAAACGAAGAUCCGACAUCAUCCAGCCGUCAACUCCGGCUCGGAAGCAAGAGCCCAAUGCUCACCGCUCUCCUGUUGAAAUCACUUCCGAUUUACCACUCGGCGGAUCAAAUCCUGUUGAUGGAACCACUAACACACUCCAGAGGCGAAGUUCUCGUCUUGCAUAUCAAUGUCAGGGCGAUGAUAAAUCUCUGAAUGGGUUUACUGAGAAAGCGGUUAGUAUCUCAGUUUGUGGCAAGAGAAAUUCGACUGAAGAUGAAACCUUUUUGAGUUUGCGUUCAGGGAAGAGAGUCGCUAAGAGGGUUUUAGAUAAUGGAUUUGAAAUCGACUCCAUGGAAUUGGACUGUGGGAAUAAGGUGGCGCAUGUUAGCAUAUCAGAAGACGAUUCCAGUAUUGUGAGUGAUACUGUCGAUAAUGAGGAGAAGAGAAAGACAGUGAUGUUGGGUGAAGUUUUAGAGGUAGAAAUUAAGAACAAAGGAAAGGGGAUAGUGGAAGAUUCCUAUGAAGGCAAUGAUGUGCAGGUUGAGGAGCCAAUGGGUAGAAGAAAAUAUACUAGGGAGGAGAAGGGUAAGGGUAUAGAGGUGGAGAAUGUGAAUGUCUCUUCUCCAAUCACCCAUGAGAAUGAGAUCCCUGGAGAAGAAAUGGAAAUCGACAAUCCCCCUAAUGCCUCUGGAGAGGAGUUGCCUGUGGUUUUUGAACCAGAAAACCAUCAGCAUGGUGAUGAAGCUGGAGAUGGUUCAAGAACUCGGCAUUUUCGUGACUUUGCCAAGAGACAUGCUUCGAGGUUUGCUCAUUUUGAUGCUCAAGUGGAGGAAGAAGAGGACUUGUCGGAUAAAGAGGUUGAAGGAGAUUGGCCUGGUCCAUUCUCUACCGCCAUGAAAAUAAUCAAGGACCGAGAAGAGGACGCGAGUUUGGGUUUUGGCGACAAAGAAACAUCAUCUUCGCCAAUUGUUUGGGCUCCCAGAAGAAACUACAGUAUUGCUCCUCCUAGGGUGCCGCCAUCUCUGCAGGAGCUAUCCUUGAGGGUUCUUGUCAAGAACGCUGAUGCCAUCACUUCGCUUGACUAUGUUCCAGACUCACUGAGGAUUAAGCUUAGUCAAUUGCUUUCUGAUUCUAGGAGAUUGGAUGUACACUUUCUCCAUCUUCUUCUCCAUGGAUCUCCAACAGAAGUUCGUGUUCCCGAUUGUUCAUGGCUCACCGAGGAACAGUUCACUGAAUGUUUUGAGAACUGUGACACCAGCAACUUGACGAUUCUUCAACUCGACCAGUGUGGGCGUUGUAUAUCAGAUUAUGUAUUACCCUCCACCUUAGCAAAGUCACCCAAAAACUUGCCGAUGCUAUCAUCUUUAUCUUUAAGUGGUGCAUGCCGGCUUUCCGAUGUGGGGCUACGGGCACUUAUCUCCGCUGCUCCUGUGAUUGAGUCUAUUAAUCUCAGCCAAUGCUCUCUUCUAACAUCAUCUAGCAUUGACAUGUUGUCCGAUUCAUUGGGCUCAGUUUUGAGGGAACUGUACAUCAACGAGUGUCAAAACAUGGACCUGAAGCUUAUUCUGCCGGCACUGAAAAAGUUUGAGAAGCUGGAAGUAUUGUCCCUUGUGGAUCUUCCUUCAGUCAGGGGUCGGUUCUUGAGUGAGUUUGUUACUGCUAGAGGACAAGCCCUGAAGCAGCUAACUUUGACCAACGCUGUGAAACUAACCGACGCUUCUGUUAAAGCCAUCUCUUUAAACUGUCCUAACUUAAGCGUGCUUGACCUGGCUAACGUGUGCAAGCUGACGGAUUCUGCUUUGGGAUACCUUGCAAAUGGCUGUCGAGCUCUGGAGAAAUUGAUCUUCGAUGAAGCUGUAGCUGCAUUUGUAGAAACCGCAGGCGGUUCACUGAAGGAGCUAUCACUAAACAACGUCAAGAAGGUUGGCCACAACACAGCCUCAGCACUUGCUAAACAUUCAGAGAAGCUGCAGAUUUUGGAUGUAUCCUGGUGCAGAGCUAUGUCAGACGUUUCAUUAGGCUACAUCGUCGAUAACUGUUCAUCUCUGAAAUUGUUGAAAGUCUUUGGAUGCACUCAGAUCACGGAUGUAUUCGUUCGAGGUCACUCGAACCCUAAUGUCAAGAUAUUAGGUUUGAAGAUGGAUCCCUUCUUGGACCACCUUACAAAGAACCUUGCUGCUAGCUGAAAGGGACUCCUGACCUCACUCUCUCUCUGCUUUGUUUGUUUUUGGAGAAAGAAGAGCAGAGACGAUUUUACUAUUGUGUUUCGUUGUCUUUUAAUCUAUGUAUUAAACUAACUCGGUAAUAGUUUGGGUUUUGUAAUUUGUAAUGAAAUAUUUUAACUAGGUUUUUUUUGAAACUUUCAAGUUUUUGAUUACAAAGAGCUGAACAAUGUCAUCUAUUCCUAUAUUAGAUUCAAAGAGGAGGAUCUGAAGAUUUUGUGUCCUCCUCAAAUCCCUGAAUCAUUGUUAUCCUCCUCAAAAAUACUUGUUUUUCUAAAUUAUUCAGAUUCAUCUAUUGCAAGAUUACUCUGCUUUUCUCCAUCUGCUUCCCUGGUUCAAUCAUCAACCAUUGUCUUCAAUCAUUUACACCAAGCUCAUCAUCACAGGUUUGUCUUGCCUCUGGUGGUGACAGAAC